GUAAUACUAGUCUAGUGUCAAAUAAUAUUGGUCCUUGCUACUUAGGCUACUGGUAUACGGGCAACGAUGGCGACGCACCCGGUCGUAUUCACGACAAAGACGCGCUAUGUGUUGCCAUCUCAAAAGUUUAUGAUACCGGUUGAAUGGAGGCGAUACCAGCUCUCCCAACUCAUCAACAAGGCCCUCUCCUUGGCGGACCCCAUCCCGUUUGACUUCCUUGUCCAUGGAGAAAUACUGCGGACGAGUCUUGCCCAAUGGACAGCAGAAAAAGGCGUAGGAGAGGAAGAAACGCUCGAGAUCGAAUAUUUCGAGUCUGUGCUGCCCCCUCAGCGCCUUUCCUCUCUCCCCCAUGAAGACUGGGUGUCUUCUGUUUCGUGCAGCAUAUCCCAACACUUUUUGACAGCGUCAUAUGAUGGCCAUGUCCGCCUAUUCGACCACUCUCAGAAUUGUAUACGGGACAUACCCGCGCAUCUCGCACCGGUCACUUCCGUCGCCCUCGUGUCAGGCCCAAAUACGAACGAUCAAUCUUACAUUGUCGCUAGCGCGUCCCACGAUUUGACCGCCCGCCUCACAAAAAUAUCGCUCGCAGACGAUGCAGCAAGGCCUUCCCAGCCCCUUGCAACUCUCCACUUGCAUACUUCACCUUUGACCUCUAUCACCGCAGAUUCCACCGGUUCAACCCUUCUUACAGCGUCUUGGGAUGGCAAUAUUGGCGUUUGGGAUGCCACCAUCCCAACUGAGGACGACCUAGUCCCGGAGAGCGGAGACCGUAAGAAGAGACGGAAAACAGGUGGCAAUGAUCGUCCGAAAAACAAGGCUCCAGCCACGGUUCUCAAGUCUCACACAGCCCGGGUUUCCAAGGCACUUUUCGCCCUCAACUCAGGCCGGUAUGCACACAGUUGUGGUUUCGACUCCACGGUCCGUCAUUGGGACGUCGAAGUAGGAGUGUGCACGAACACCAUCACCGUUCCAGAGCGGCCGAUGCUGGAUCUGUCUCUGACGAACGAUGGGAACAUGCUGUUGGCAGCGUCAACAGACCGCACCGUGUCGAUCUUUGAUCUUCGUGGGUCAGAGUUGUCCAGCACGAUCGGGACGCUCAUGCACCCUGCGACGCCAUCUUGCCUUGUCUGUCCGCACACCUCUACUGCACCACAGGUUAUGGUAGGCUCGUAUGAUGGUGUUGCUCGCCUAUGGGACUUGCGUAGCAUGCGUAGCGCCAUCGCGAGCUUCCGAGUAUGGGAUGGGAUGAAAAUCUUGGACGUAGAUUGGGCAGGAGAUAUGUUGUGUGUUGGAGGAGAGGGUGGGGUCGAUAUAUGGCGCAUCAGCCAAGGGGAGCGGAUAUCGGCCACUGCACAAACGUAAUUCCUGCGGAGUCAGACCAAAAGUAUCCUAACGUCGUUCUUACUUGGCACCAACCAACCAUGGUUCUCACUCCAAACA